AAAAUAAUUUUCAUAUAAGGCUGUGGUUACUGUACGGUGCUGCCCUCUGCGAUACUGCAAGUGAAGACGAAAACGAAACGACAGUAUGGUGAGGGUAAUCGCGUAGGCAGUGCCGUUGAUGGAGUGGUGGUGACUAUACGGGCUGAACGCCAUUUUCUGUGUUUGUGAUCAAAGAUUUUGUCGAGUUUUUGCAUUCUUUAUUGUGCUAGUGACAGUAGUGUGGAUUUGCAGGCGUGAGGGAAUGGAUUAAUGCUGGCCUGCGGCCUAGGCGUACUUGGAGGCCUGGGCCAGCCGGAGCGCCGCCAGCGACGUCGAGAGCAGGAGGCGCGCGGGGGAGCGGGCGGGCGCUCGCCGCCCUCGGAGGACGCUGGUCGCUAAGCGAGCUGCCCCACGCAAGCCCCUUUGCGUGCCCGCAGCGUGAGUCGCCGGCCGAGGGAGGUCCGCCCGGAAGCCGCACGUCGCCGCCGCCGCCGCCGUCGCCGCCGCCGCGAUGCCGCUGCCGAAGCGCGUGGUGGAGCCCGUGCACGUGUCGCGGGGCGUCAUCCCCGAGGACUUCCCGCUGCCGUCGGAACUGGAGGCGGCCACCAACGGCACGCUGGCCAACACGGUGCGCCAGCUGUCGUCGCUGUCGCGCCACGCCGAGGACCUGUUCGGGGAGCUGGCGCGCGAGGCCCACGGCCUGGCCACGCGCGCCUCGUCGCUGCAGCAGCGCAUCGACCGCCUCGCCGUCAAGGUCACGCAGCUCGACAGCAACGUCGAGGAAGUGGGGCUCUAUGUCCAAGGCCACACAUGUGUUGCAGUGUCUCUCCAAGACAUCCACAUGCGCAAAGCUUUCAAGAGCUCAGUGGUGUUCGACCAACAAGUUGUGUCAAGGGACACUAUGCCUACGGCUAUGCUGGAGACAUACACUCAGUGCGACAAGCCCCCACCGUUAGACAAACUCAACAUGUACAGAGAGGAUGGCAAAGAUGGGCUGAAGUUCUACACAGAUGCCAAUUACUUCUUUGAUUUGUGGAGACAGGAAAUGCUGAAAGAUACGGAACGUAUGAUGCAUGAUAGAGGCAAAAAGCCCCAUCGGCCUCGUGAAGGUGGUGGUGUGCGCCACAAGAAACGGGUGCGCCAGCCUCACAAUACAAGAGAACGCCAGCGCCAGUUGGCUGUGGGUCAUGGUGAACACAUCAUGCCACAGAACGUACAUUACAGGACACCUCAGCCAAUACAGACGACAGACGAAGCCCUUCUAGCAAUGGGAGGGAUGGUAGCGAUGAAUGAUGGCCGGCCACCACGUCCUAACAGCAUUGAACUUCGACGCUCAUACCCAGAAGAAGCAAAUUCAGUCAUAUACAGCAGCAACUCUGGAGUAUACAGCCCCCGACAUACACAAGCUCAAAGUCCCACAGACACACAUUAUAGGGCUAACUACCCAGUGGGGUACGAUGAGAACCUGUACCAGCAGCAUUACGCCCAGGGGCAGGGCAUGCCUGUGGUGGACGGGUAUCCCACUCCAAAUAAUCAGACCCCCAGCAGGGGGAGUCGUGGAAUGUCCCAAAGGCCGUCACAGCCUCCCCCUGCUCCUCCAAGCACCAACAACUCCAGCAACAGCACUCCGACUGUUUCUUCUGCCACCAACACUCCGACUCGUGGGCGCAGCAUGAGCACAGGCCGGGAGACACUUCCACCGCCUCCACCUCCACCCGUGGAAUCGACCAUGUCACCACCAUUGUCUGCCAAUGGGCCACUACCAGCACACCUGUUAGCACGUCAAGGCUCCGGCGGAGGCAGUGGCAGUCGUUCAGGUAGCCCGCUACCCGCAUCAUACACACCGCACUCAGGCACUCCAGAACCAGCGCAGGUGGUCCAACCAGUUCAGCAAUUGCCACAGCCAUUGGUACUGCCUCAGCAGCCACCACAGCCGAUCCCACCUACAGCUGCUGAUUUGCCUCCACCACCUCCAUCUCCAGAUCAGCCACAACCACAGCCACAGCCACAACCACAGCAACAGCAGCAGCAACCACCUGUGCAACAGCAACAGCAACAGCAACAACAACAGCAGCAGCAGCAGCAGCCACCAUCUCCUCCCCCUCCGUUGGUGCGUCCGACGUCACCAUGCAACAUUCCUCCCCCUCCUCCACCUCCUCCUCCCCCACCUGUGGCCAUGCCAAAUGGACCUGUGGCUGCGCCGGUACCACCAACCUCUCCACCAUUGGUGAAUGGCGAUGUUGGCAAGUCUCCCAUCAAACAGAUUAUUUCUACUUCUCCGCCCAAGCUGUCUCCUCCUAAAACAGACACCAACCCUGCUCGGCCCAAAACAGGAAAUGCACCUGCACCUGCAUUUGAUCCUAGAAGUGAUCUUCUGAAGGCUAUUCGAGAUGGUAUCAAACUCCGGAAGGUGGAGAAGAAUGAACAAAAGGAAGUGGAACGUGUUAAUGCUUUGCACGAUGUUGCUUCCAUCCUGGCAAGACGUGUUGCCGUUGAAUUCUCAGAUUCCGAUUCUGCCUCUGAGAGUGAAUAUGAUAGUGAGGGUUGGGGCGAACAAGAGACGAGCGCGUGACAUCGGCGGACGGAUAGCGAGCACUCGUACCGCAGCGAGGAGCUCGCACCGGUUGCCGGACCACAAGUGCCCGCUGCCGUAUUGGAGAGCAUGGCUACCACUGUGGUGGCCUCUGCCAACGCCUCUGAUUGCAAGUAACUUCCCUCUGUACACAACGGGUGUACUGUGGGUGUUCACUGUAUGCCUGACAAGGUGAAAGGGUUGGAACCCAACACCUUUGUGCUUGGAGUAGCAGAUUCGAAAGGAGGUCUCCUCAAUAUGUUGUUGAGUUGCUUUCUUUCUUCUGGUGUCUCGCUGACUGUUUACAGUCCACAAGAAAAUCAAUCAAAUAUUGAAAGAUGAAAAUCACUGUCAGUGCAGAGAAAAGAGCCUGUGUGAUGUUCACAGGCGGCAUGUAAAUGAAACUUUAUUCUCAUCUCUUUCAGAAAACAUUCUUGUCAAAUAGUAUGUUAUAAUUCUGGAUUCUGUAUGUUGUUUUUAAAGUUCUGUAGGCAAGAAGUUAUUUAUAAUGCAAUAUAUAUUAACAUGGAAAACUCAAAUUACUAUUGUCAUCAUAAACCUGAGACAAAAUUUAUGUAAGAAGCAAUAGCAGAAUUAGAUUCUUGGCUACUGGCAUCAAUCAAUGAAUCAGCUUCAAUUAUUCUCCUUUCUUUAUAUUUUCAUUUGUGUAGAAUUUGUUACGAACUAUUGAAAGCAACGUUCUGCAUGUCUCAAACUAGUUUGUGGCAUUUUUUUCAAAUACCAGUAUGUUCCUGGCUUCCAAGGUGUAUGUGUGAUUGUUGGAUUUUACUAAAGGUCUGUGCUGUGUAUUGGUGGAAUAGAUGUUGCUAAGUGACUGUGGAUUCUGAGCUAUAAUUUUGCUUUGACGCCUACAGUUCACUCUCAGGUUUGGAAUGUGUGUGUGUGAUUGAGAUUACUACAUUUGUAAUGUCGCUCUGCUUCUAAUGAGGUGUAAAUGUCUUCUGAAACUGUGUCGAUGAUGCUUCCAAAGCGGAGUGUGCUUUUACAUGGGCUUGUAAAGCACAGUACAGAGCAAGUGUCUCAUUUUCUUGUCCUUGGAGUCUGUGCUGGGCAAAGUUGUAUUAUGGAAAUGGUGCUUUUUAUACCAGGUAGUGCAAAAUGCUAUCGUGCACUGUAAGGUUACCAGUGAUUUGUUUAAAGAAAGUAUUUAUGUUAGUCACAAGUGGUUUUAUUAGAAGUGUUGAAAUAGGUUGUGCUAAUGUUGAGAUCAAUGAAAGAAGAGGAUUUUUUAGCACUACUUCCUUAGUAUUUCAGCAGUCACUGUGUGACUGAAUUAUGUUUAUGAGCAUGAAUGUUUAUUUUCCCCUUUUUCUUCUAGAAGGGCAGUUGUUAUGUUGUGAAUGGGAAUUUUCCAGAAAAUACCCCUGUGAUACGAAAUGUGUGUUCGGUGUGUUUUGUGGAUGGUAAAGACAAAAUAUUUCAUUAAAGAAUAAGAAACUGCUUGAAGGAAAUCAUAUAUAAAAGUAUUUUAGAUAUUUCUUUGAGUGAAGUUUACGGUAUGUAUCCAUAUGCCAAAUUAAUCGUGUAAAAUUUCUAAAAUAUUGUUCUUGUAAAAUUUAGGUAGCUUUUUCUUAUCUUGUUAGAAUCCAAUCGCCAAUGAAAACGUUUCCUGUAAUGAACAUAUAAAUAAAUAUAUAUAUAAAAUGUACAUUUGCAUGUAGGAAUUAAUAUGUGGAUUUGUGCUUUUGUGCUGACAUUGCAGAUACAGUAUAUUGAUAAGGAGAUAUUUGUGAGUUCAUACAUAAAUGUAGGUGUUAGGAAUUGUACAAAGGUCGUUAUUUUUUUUUUUUCUUCGUUUUUUAAAAAAGUGUUAUUUCAACUCUAUGUUGAAUGGGUGGCAGUUCGUGUUCCAUUGUUUCUGAAGUAGUUGAUGCUGAAGUCAAAUUACCACAUUCUUGUGGUCUCCCUGUCUUGUCCUUUUCUAUGGGCAGGCACAAGUACAAAACAGUUUUCCAAAUGUUUUUUUUAUUGUUAAUGUAUUCGUACUUCAUGUACCAUUCCAUCAUACAAAUCGGAGACCUGUUUUUUGUUCCUAUUAAGCAGAAAAAGCUAACGGAAUCACAUUAAUUGGAGUGGUUUUCAGUAGUUUCCAGAAUUGAAAAGUGGAUAUGGGUUUGCGAUUGUGAACUGGAACAUUGAGUGAUGUAUUCUUUGGGUAUGAAUUCCAUUUAAUGUUGGUUCACCAUUGAGUGAAUUGUAUUUUUGAGGUUCAUGUCUGCUUGCUUGGCUAUUUGGCAGAAUUGUUACUAUGACUGGACUUUCAUACUGUUGGAAUUGGUGAGUUUUCUAGUUCUGCGCUCUUCAACUCGGUCUGCAUAUGGACAAGUGUGUGCAUAUGUGCAUUUAAGCGAAAAAUGUCAAAAAUAAAGCGAAUGUCUGAAAUAAACCAAACAUUUUCUUCAUAAA